AUGGCGGCACUGCCAAGCGACUUCCAAUGGGGAUUUGCAACAGCUUCAUAUCAAAUUGAGGGCUCAGUUGACAAGGAUGGUCGUGGCCCGAGUGUUUGGGACACCUUCUGCAAGCUCCCCGGCAAGAUUGCUGGCGGCGUCUCGGGUGAUGUAGCUUGUGACUCCUACAACCGGACUGCUGAGGACAUUGCCUUGCUCAAGUCUGUCGGCGCAACUGCCUAUCGCUUCUCGCUCUCCUGGACUCGCAUAAUCCCCGUCGGUGGUCGUGGCGACCCCAUCAACCAGGCUGGUAUCGACCACUACGCCAAGUUCAUCGAUGACCUGCUUGCCAAUGGCAUCACGCCCUUCCUCACUCUGUCACAUUGGGAUGUCCCCGAUGGGCUCGAGAAGCGAUACGGCGGCCUCUUGAACCGUACCGAGUUUCCCCUGGACUUUGAGCAUUUCGCCCGCGUGUGCUUCAAGGCUUUCCCCAAGGUCAAGCACUGGGUCACCUUCAACGAGCCGUGGUGCUCUGCUAUUCACGGUUAUUGGUCCGGCCAGUUUGCCCCCGGGCGUGGUUCGAACCGCGAGAAGAAUCCCGAGGGUGACAGCACUACUGAACCCUGGAUCGUCGGCCACAACUUGCUGGUGGCACACGGUCGUGCUGUCAAGGUCUACCGUGAGGAAUUCAAACCGACCGAUGGUGGAGAGAUUGGAAUUGUUCUCAAUGGCGACGCCGUCUUCCCAUGGGAUGCCACCGACCCUGAAGAUGUGGCUGCCUGCGACCGCAAGAUUGAGUUCUCCAUCUGCUGGUUUGGCGACCCAGUCUACUUUGGCGAGUACCCUGCUUCGAUGCGCAAACAACUAGGCGACCGUCUGCCAACGUUCACCCCAGAGGAGAAGGCGCUUGUUCAAGGCUCAAACGACUUUUACGGAAUGAACCACUACUGUGCCAACUACAUCAAGCACCGCACUGGAGAGCCCGAGCCAGACGACCACAUGGGGCACCUGGAGGCCCUCUUCUACAACAAGAGAGGUGACUGCAUCGGUAAGGAGACCCAGUCCACAUGGCUGCGCCCCUGUGCUCCCGGCUUCCGCGACCUGCUCGUUUGGCUCAGCAAGCGAUACAACUACCCCAAGAUCUUCGUGACUGAGAACGGAACUAGCAUCAAGGGGGAGAACGACCUUCCAAAGGAGCAGAUUCUCGAGGACGACUUCCGUGUGCAGUACUUCGAUGACUACGCCAAGGCACUGGCCACCGCUUCGGCUCUGGACGGCGUCAACGUCCGCGGCUACUUUGCCUGGUCUCUCCUGGAUAACUUUGAGUGGGCCGAAGGAUAUGAGACACGGUUUGGUGUCACUUACGUAGAUUAUGAGAACGGACAGACGAGGUAUCCAAAGAAGAGCGCAAAGAGCCUCAAGCCCCUCUUUGAUAGUCUGAUCCGGAAGGACUAG